AUGACACCAGCUCUGUUGCCACGUCCCCUCGCUACCAUCACCGCUCUGCCCGACCAACCAGCAGCCGCCACGUGGCGGGGGUGGGUGAGGAGGAGGCAGCUAGAAGAGCUGGGAUUGGACGACAGAGACGAGAAUUUGGCAGCGUUGGUAGUGGGAGGAUUGGGGACGGAGGUGGUGAGGGGCGUAGAGUGGAGCCUUGGCGGGCUGGAGUAUGCCCUGCAGCGGGCGCAGGAGGGCGGUGCGCAGGGAGCCGGGGGUGGAGAGGACGAGGGAGGAAGGGUGAAUAGGCAAAAGCUAACUGCACAAGACGGAUCAGGUUAUGUUGGGAGAGGAGAAGCUCCGGCAGGGCUGUUUGAGGCAGAUGGUGAUGGUGAUGGAGAAGAUGAGGAGGAGGGUGAGGAUGGGGUGAUGGCGGGAACAGUUCAUCCACGUGGCUUGCAUGUGUCAGCACAGCAAGGAGGAGCCGUGGAUCGAGGAGCCGAGGAAAGGGAUGGGUCUGGCAGAAGGCACGAUGGCGAGAGUGCAUUGGACGCGACUGUUCCUGCUGAUUGGACUGCUGCGAAGCUGAGCGCGCCUCUCCUGCGGCUGGUGGAAGUGCUACUGCACCUCGACGGCCACGGCUGGAUCAGGCGGCAGGUGGUGUGGGUGGCGAGGCAGGUGUUGGAGCUGAGCAUGGGGGAUGCCAUUGAUGACUUCCUGCUCUCACAGAUCCAAAAGCUCCGCACUGAAGCCACCGUCGCCACCAUCAUUCGCUCCCUGCACCAGAGGUUGUGGCCGGAUGGCAUAUUCUACUCGCGCCACCCAAAUUACCGGGCCACAGUGGCAGCUUCGAGCUCCCGCACAGGCUCCUCUGCGCCUGCUGUCACUCGUCCCGACCCCCUUGGGCUCAACGUACCUCCAGAGUCCUUCCAGCAGCGACUGGAGGCUGCUGACAAGGCUGCUCGAGUUCAUCAGCUUCUGCUUGAAAUGGCGCCUGCUUCAAUUGUUCCACUGAUUGGUUUGCGGCACUAUCAGCGAUCAGUUUCAGACCUGUUCAGCUUUGUGCAGUCGCAGGUGUGCGUAAAGCAGCUGGCACAUGCACUACUGGAAGUGGUCAUACUAGCGUUGUUUCCAGAGCUGCACGUUGUGGUUGCCGAGAUUCGCCAUGGCCUUAUUUAA